CUACAGACACUCUAGUUGUAAUCGUUGUUGUUUAGAAUUGUCACGUGUUAACAAAAAAUCUUCUCGAUGGUCUGCAAUUGUUUUCCGUCUCUCUGUCGGCAGCCCUCUCUGCCACUGCUUUGUGUCAUUUUAAUGUUUAUUAUUUGACAAUCCGGGUCUUUAAAGGGCUGCUCAAUUAAGCAGAGACACGCGCGCGCGCGGGUCUGUCUGUAGCUGCUCAUCCUCCGAGCGCACGAUAGGUAAAUACAUACACACAUAUAUAAAUAUCAAUAACAAUGUAAUAUCCAUUCCAGGCGCUCGAAGCCGCAGCGGAAACACUGAACCAGCCUCGCACGCGCAGCAGUCAGUAUCGGGGAGUGCGAGCGCACACACGCACACGCAUGUACAAGCGCGCGCAUGCACACACACACGCAUGUACAAGCGCGCGCAUGUACACACACACGCGCGCGCGAAGGGGGCGCGCGUUCGCUCGUGCGUUUAUAGUUGAGUCACCGCCGCGCAAUCCCCAGCAUGCUCGUCCAGUUCAACCCCAGCACGAGCGACUCGCAACUGUGGGCAGCAACUCGCUGUGCGGAGCGGACUCAAUGGUUGGGGCAUCUCGGCAGCGAGCGCAGCUGGCACGGUGCGCUCAGCUAAGGAAGGGGUGGCGCGUCGAGUGAUCGACACAAACGGCGAGCACCGCUGCCGCCGCUUUGACGCGCUACCCUCCCGCGGUAUAUAUGAAGAACGGGGGCAGUCAUGCGUCCGCGGUCAACGCACGAGCAGCGGCAACAGCAGCAGCAGCAGCGGCGGCAGUAGCGGCAGUAGCAACAGCACGUAAGCGACUGUCCCCAGCUGCUCGUCUCAUCUAUAAGAAGCUUCUUCAUCAUGGGGGAACAAUGACCCGCUCCUUGUACGCGUGCCACUUUAGCGGCUCCACACAAAGACGAGCGCCGCUGUCCCGGCUGCUGCCGCCGCCUCCGCCGCCUCCUCCUCCGCCGCCGUCACCGCGAUGGAAGCUCACAACAUCACAGGCAGCGCGCCGGCCCUGGCAGUGAGCGCGGCGCAGGGGAACAGCAGCGAUCCCUCGUCCGUAGCCUACACCGUGAUCUCGUCGCUUUGCUUGACCGCCUUAAUCUUGUGCGCGAUUUUCGGCAACUCGUGCGUGAUUGCCGCGAUCGCGCUGGAGCGGACUCUGCAGAACGUGGCCAACUACCUGAUCGGCUCCCUGGCCGUCACCGACUUGAUGGUGUCCGUGCUGGUGCUGCCCAUGGCCGCUCUCUACCAAGUUUUGGACAGGUGGACGCUGGGUCAGGUGGUGUGCGACAUCUUCAUCGCGCUGGACGUCCUCUGCUGCACCUCGUCCAUCCUGCACCUGUGCGUAAUCGCUCUCGACCGCUACUGGGCGAUCACCAACCCCAUCGACUACGUGAACAAGAGGACACCGCGGCGCGCCGUCAUCAUGAUCAGCCUCACGUGGCUCGUGGGCUUCUCCAUCUCCAUCCCGCCCAUGCUGGGAUGGAGGACUCCGGAGGACAGGGCGGAUCCGAACGCGUGCAAGAUCAGCCAGGACCACGGCUACACCAUCUACUCCACGUUCGGCGCCUUCUACAUCCCGCUCAUCCUCAUGCUCGUCCUCUACAGCAGAAUAUUCAGGGCGGCGCGGUUUCGCAUCCGCAAGAACGUCAAGAAGGCCACCGAGAAGAAGUCCUUCGACGCGCCCUUCGCCAUAUCGAACCGCGCCGAGAUGCCGUCCGUGGCGGCAGAGGCAGAGACCGCGGCGCCUCCGUCUCCGGCCCCGUGCAACGGCGACUCCAAGCAGAGGAGCCACCGCGAGCUGGCCUUGCCCGAGGCGGUGGGGGCGAGGAGUCCCUCCUCUCUGGCGCACAGUUCAGCGCGGCCGCAUUUGUCGCCCGCGAUGAUGCCGACGCAGCAGCAGCAGCAGCAGCACGGGAACGGGACGGGUGCGGACGCGUGUCGGCGCAAGACGGCGCUCGCGCGGGAGCGCAAGACGGUGAAGACGCUGGGCAUCAUCAUGGGCACAUUCAUCUUCUGCUGGCUGCCCUUCUUCAUCGUGGCGCUCAUCUCGCCCUUCUGCGGCGAGCGGGCCUACUCGCCGCCGGGCGUGUUCGCCGUCAUCAACUGGCUCGGCUACUCCAACUCGCUGCUCAACCCCAUCAUCUACGCGUACUUCAACAAGGACUUUCAGAACGCCUUCAAGAAGAUCAUUAAAUGUAAGUUCUGCAGGCAGUGAUCAUAGCGGCGUGAGCCCUCCCUACCCCCACUAACCCCAUCGCGCGAGUGGUCAAGGAGGCUGAGGCACCGGGGAGUGAUCCUUGUACUGGACUGGGGCUCAAACAUUGCACAAGCUGAGCAUACACUAAGGCUAUAUAUAUAUAUAUCAAUACAACAGAGAUUUACAAUCAUUUAAAAACCCGUUGUCGAUUGCGCUGCUGGAUGAAAGUCUCGACCCCCCCCCCCCCCACACGCCACAUCGGUCGUGGUGGUUGCUUGACCAUACUUCACCACUCUGGUCAGUGCGGGUUGGUGAACGGGAGGGCCAGGUGCCCGGUUCUAGCUCUCUCACUCGCCGCUUGAAGUUGGCUGUGGUCGUGGAAUUGAACUCAGGCCGCCGCUGGGCUAAGGCACAACGCAAUGCGCUCAACAAUCGCCGCUACACCUCCCCGAGACGCGCACCACACGCACCGUAUGCUUAUAUAUAUAUACUGUAUAUAAGUACUGUAUUCCUAUAGUAGAAACUCAAUCGCAGGUUGUGUGGGGGGGGGGGGGGUCAUAUCGUGGCUUAACUUUCGUCGCAGUUUGUAUCACUAUGUAGCUUCUGUAAAACAAUUACACAUCAGGAUGAAUUGAAGGCUCCAGAGAGAUUAUAUAUAUCUUCACAAGGCGAUAAUGCUGUUGAAGUGAUAUGUAUGCACGUAGAUUAUUGACUUUAAAAAAACCGGGUUCUGUGGUAUUUAGCGUUGCACGCCUGAAUAUACAAACAGCCAUAGCAGUAACCAACAUCGCAUCCAUAGAGCUCAUCGUAGUGGCUAGAGGGCGAGCGGUUUCUCACGCGGCAUAGAUCCCCAUCAGCCAGGCCAGGCGAGGCAGGAGGAAUUCUACCGGGCAAGCAAAGUGUCUGUCGCUGUAAGCUAUCAUUUUGAGUAGACAAACAUAAUAAUAAUAAAAGCAAAUGGCUACACACUAUUUAUACACAAUAGACCAGCUGACAGUAUUUAAUACAUGCACACGCAAGUAUAUAGAGGUGGCAAAUAAAUAAAUAAUAGAACGCAUAAGUAAUCAAAUACUCAUUUUUAAAAACAAUUAUCUGGUUACCAUGACUACCUUGUAUGCUGUUUGAAUAAAUACUUGAUGUUUA